UCGGGCCGGUUCAAUACUUGUUUUUUUUGGAACCGUCCUUGAAUUCUUCCCCAAAUCUGCAAAUCUCCCCGCCAUGGCCUCCCCGACCUCCUCCGCCGCCGUCGCCGCCUCCGCCACCGCUUCUGCCUCCUUGGCUCCUCCCGCCUCCGAUCCACCGUCCUCCUCCUCCCAUCCCCUCCCUCAACCGCGUCCCUACGCCUCCCCGACCCUCCGCCCUCCUCCACACUUCUCUCCCCAGCCCCCCCUCGGCAAACCCCUGAACCCUCCCCCUCCCCCUCCCACCCAGGGCUUCCUAUACCACCACCGCGCUGCCUUCCCCAGGCGCCCCUCCGUUCGCCCCUCGCAGGCCGCAGCCGCUGUGAUGGCGUUUGCUGCCUCUCCUCAAGCGAGGCCCUUCGUGUACGGCCCCGCCGAUCCGAUGGUCACACAGAUGCACGUGCCCGUCCACCAUUUGAGGCCGCCUACGGCACCGUUGUCUCCGUUGAUGGUCCCCCGGACUGCCGUCGCGCCCGCCGGCCCUACUAAGAGCGUUCGGUCAGGGGCUCAUCAAAAGGUUACGCCACAUCCUUCAGUGCCUUCAACAGCAGACGACAAGAAUUUUAGGAAGAGGGAAAGGAGCAGGGAAGAUGAUACCGUGGUGAUUAAUGAUCGUAAAGUCAAAUUACUGGAUGGUUGCUCAUCCUCCCUUUAUUCUCUUUGCCGAUCAUGGGUGCAGAAUGGCCAGCCUCUUGAAAUUCAGGUUUUGACAAACUUUGGAGACGCUGAGAAGCUUCUUCCAAGACCUUUGCCUGCCUCUAUGGUUGAUUCUGAGGUGAAUUCACUACACGAAAAUGAUACUGAAGCUGAUGAUGCCAAGGAGGACGAGCUUGGUGGCUCUAUCGAGGAGUUACCUAUGGAGGAUUUGCUACAGAGAUAUGUAAAACAUGCCAAAAGUGUUCGGGCACGAAUGCGGAAAGAGCGACUUCGGAGGAUUCAACGGUGCAAACAGAGACUCGCCCUGCUUCUUCCUCCACCAAGUGAGCUUGGUAAAAAUGAAACUACUCCGUGAAAAACAGUUCAUUUCUCAAAAUCCAGAGAGCUGUUCGAUGUCGAAGAAAUGUGGCAAUGUAUGUUUAUUGAGCCUUAAGUUUGCUGUGUAAUAUGGAUCGCAAUUGUUCAUGUGCUGGAGUUCAAAACUUGGCAUUUUACUUAUCGAUUUUGUUCAAACUUGAGUUUCUUUUCAAACAUUGUUCUUCAAUCGAAGGAGGUGUAGAAGGAUCGUCCAAAGAUGAGCGAGAAAAUUGCUGCUUUGAAUGACGACGAACAUUUGGGGAUUGGGUCCGAACCAAAGCCAGCAAACCUAAAUCCAAGAGCGAAGUAAAUCGCGACUCCAGAAAUGAAACUAACCGACAGGAUCAAGCAGUGAGCACGACGGCACCACCAGCAGCCUUGAUCUUCUUCUCAGCGAUGGGGCAGUCCGGCGGCAACUUCACUUUGCCGAGGACCUUGAAGUAGCCAAACUGAGUGACAUCGAUGAGCGGGUAUUGGCGCGGUGGCCAUCCUUGGAGGCGGUGUCCUUGACGUCGGCGUCAGAUACGAUCGAUCAGAAGCGAUCGACGUCGACGAUGGGGCAGUGGUAUUUGUUGCGGAGGAGGCGGAAGUGGCGCAUGCCGACUUUGCCGAAGUACCCCGGGUGGUAUUUUUCGAAGAGGAUGCGGUGAUGGUGCAUGCCUCCGGCGUUUCAGCGACCACCGGGAUGCUUUCGGUGCUUCCAGACGCGGCCAUGCCCGUUCUUGAGGCGGGUCGUCAUCGCGGGCCGCCCGCCUCCUUCUCCUCUAGGGUUAGGAUUUCUAUAUAGCGGAACAGAGGGCAGGAAACGGGUCCAAGCCCAGCAUUAUAUUGAGCGGUAAGGAUUGACUACCAAGUUAAUGGACGGCUGAGAAUGUCUGAUGCAGCUGUGCAGCAGGAAAUUAGUUCUCGAAAGCUUCACCAAAUGAGCUCUCCCACUCCAGUCGCAGCUCUCUGUUCUCGUGCUAGAUUUCGCCAUCUACACCGCCAAAAAUCGCUCCUUUUUCUCGCGGUGGAACUGCUGGAUGCAAAGGACGUUAAGCUCACAUUGGAGCCAGAGGGCCAUUUCUACUUCUCUGCUACCACUGGAGCUCGAUUUUGAGUUGUUCGAUAAGGUUGAUUUAGAUGAGAGCAAGGCUACUGUUGGUUUGAGGAUCAUAUGGUAUCUCAUCACGAAAACUGAGAAGAAAUGAUGGAGCCCGUUGUUAAAGCAGCAAGGGAAGACUCCUGUUUAUUUGAAAGUUGAUUGGGAUAAGUGGAUUGAUGAAGAUGAUGAGGUUGGGGAUAUGAAACUUGAGGACAUGGAUUUCUCGAAGUCGAAUAUGGGCAGCGCGGAUGAUGAGCUUGAUUGUGAUGAAGAUAAUGAGUUGACUGAUACUGUUGAUAAGGAUGAAGGUUAGUCUGGUGAGAAGGGAUGAGAGAAAAUCUAACUCCAUUAGUACAGGUACUGAUUUAAUGCUCCGGGAUCAUUUAGAGGCCGAAUAGCGGUUCGAAAUGGCAUUCCCAGUUUGACGAAGAGGCGAGCGAUGGCACCUCAGUGGUGAUUUUGGUACGCUACUUGAAGCUUUCCCCAUUUCACCACGAGGCAGUGGUUGUUUGACUGCAAACUUGGGAUCUUGCAAUCGCUCCAGAGUUGACAAGACUUCGGACAUUGGUGGUCUGAGCUGGGCUCUAUCGGCAGUGCACCUCGAAGCAAGCAACGCAAGAGCAUCAGCUGCUUUCUUCGGAUAUUUACCUUCCAGCUUUGGGUCGAUGAUUCUGUGCAGUUUUAGCAUGUUCAACCAAGGUCUCAAAGAGCUCACCAGAGUCUGCUCUGAGACUGCUUUUGUUCUGUCCAGGGCUUUUCGUCCUGAUAGAAGCUCCAACAGUACAACUCCGAAGCUAUAGACAUCGGCUUUCGCAGACAGUUUACCUGCAGAUUUGUUAACCAGGAUACCUGUUGCAAGAUACUCUGGAGCUGCAUAUCCUUGAGUUCCCAUGAUUCGAGUGGAGACGUGAGUUAAAUCCCCAGUUGGACCAGCUUUUGCGAGACCGAAAUCUGAAAGCUUGGGAUUGAAAUCCUACAUCACAUGAAUACAAUAUAAGCUGGAAAGCCUACAACCCAAUUUAUUGAAUGCUUUUUCCGGUGGCAGAUUCUUCGCAAAUACCUGAUCGAGGAGUAUGUUAGAUGCCUUAACAUCUCGAUAUAUUACUUGAGAAUCUGGAUUAUGCAAAAAUGAAAGUCCCCUUGCUGCACCAACUGCGACUUUGAUUCUUGUUGCCCAAUCUAGUGGCUGAACACUUCCUAAAAAGCAAAUCAAACCACAGAUGGUUCUCCAAGCUGCCUCUCGCCAUGUAUUCAUAGACUAGCAGUCGAUUCUCGCCCUCAGAGCAGUAGCCAAUCAGCUUGACCAAAUUUGGAUGCUGAAGCUGACCAAGAUAGUUAACCUCGGUCUGCGAUUACUAGUCGUCGUCUUGUGGCGGUGAGAGUCUGUUCAUCUAGCCAACCUUUGUAAACACAACCAAAUCCACCUUCGCCGAUGAGAUUAUCCGGGCGGAAGUUUCUAGUAGCACUCUUCAGCUCAUUCAAAGUGAAGGCCUUUGAGCUCGAGGCGAGUAAGAUUUCAUCCUCGGUUCUCUGCAAGUUAGUGUUUUCACCAUAUGAAGGCAUGGUGAAAGUUGAGGCGGUGGAACAAGUUGCCAAAGAUGAAGAAGGAACUGAAGAUGAGCUUGUUCUACUGGCAACAACUUUGGAAGGCUCUGUCAUGUAGAUGCAGAUUAAUGUAAGGUAAGAAUCAAAAACUACUAUUAAACAUGAUUAAUGUGAGUCUAUUUAAAUGAUGGAACAAGUUGCCAAAGAUGAAGAAGGAACUGAAGAUGAGCUUGUUCUACUGGCAACAACUUUGGAAGGCUCUGUCAUGUAGAUGCAGAUUAAUGUAAGGUAAGAAUCAAAAACUACUAUUAAACAUGAUUAAUGUGAGUCUAUUUAAAUGAUGGAACAAGUUGCCAAAGAUGAAGAAGGAACUGAAGAUGAGCUUGUUCUACUGGCAACAACUUUGGAAGGUUCUGUCAUGUAGAUGCAGAUUAAUGUAAGGAGCUUCGAUAAGACCAAAAUUCAAGUAACAAAACCUAGAAAUUCCAUUUUCCCUUUCUAAAGAAA